AGGAGACGCCCGCCCGAGCCGCCCGUCUGUCCGUCCGCGUCUCGUCGCCCCCCCCCGCCGCCAUGUCCAACUACAUCCACGUCCCGCCCGGCUCCCCGGAGGUGCCCAAGCUGGACAUCACGGUGAGCGAGCGGGAGGGGCCCGGCUACCGCCAGGGCGCCCUGCAGCUCCUGCGCCGCCUGCGGCCCCACUGGAGACCCGAGGAGGUGACGCUGCAGCUGUUCACUGAUGGAAUCACCAAUAAACUCAUUGGCUGCUACGUGGGCGACAUAACGGAUGAUGUGGUUCUAGUCAGAAUCUAUGGAAAUAAGACGGAGCUCUUGGUCGAUCGAGAUGAGGAGGUGAAGAGUUUCCGAGUGCUGCAGGCCCAUGGCUGUGCCCCUCAGCUCUACUGCACUUUCAAUAAUGGCCUGUGCUAUGAGUUCAUGCAGGGAGAGGCGCUGGAUCCAGAGCAUGUCUGCAAUCCAGAUAUUUUCAGACUGAUUGCCAGACAGCUUGCUAAAAUCCAUACUAUUCAUGCGCACAAUGGAUGGAUCCCUAAAUCUAACCUCUGGCUGAAGAUGGGGAAAUACUUUUCUCUUAUACCUACGGAAUUUAUGGAUGAGGAAGUAAAUAAAAGGUUUUUAAGCGACAUUCCAAGUCCUCAAGUCCUUCAGGAAGAGAUGGCCUGGAUGAAGGAAAGAUUGUCAAAUUUAGGCUCGCCAGUGGUACUCUGUCACAAUGACCUCUUGUGUAAGAAUAUUAUUUACAACAAGAAACGAGGUGAUGUACAGUUCAUAGACUAUGAGUACUCUGGAUACAACUACUUGGCUUAUGACAUUGGGAAUCACUUCAAUGAAUUUGCAGGAGUAAAUGAAGUAGACUACAGCCUUUACCCCAACAGAGAGUUACAGGAACAGUGGCUGAGAUCUUACCUCGAGGCCUAUAAAGAAUACAAAGGAUUUGGUACAGAAGUCAGUGAGAAGGAGGUUGAAGUUCUUUAUGUUCAAGUCAAUCAGUUUGCACUGGCAUCACACUUCUUCUGGGGAUUGUGGGCUUUAAUUCAAGCCAAAUAUUCUACCAUCGAUUUUGAUUUCUUAGGGUAUGCAAUUGUUCGUUUUAACCAGUAUUUCAAAAUGAAGCUGGAGGUCAUGACAUUAACUCUUCCUGAGUAAUGAAGAGGAGGAAACUUACCAAGUGGAUAGACAACCCCUGAACCUUCUGAGAACAGAUACUGGAAAAAAAGCUAAACAUUUGUUAAAGUUCUUUUAAUGCUCACUUGGUGGAUCUUGCUUUAUAAAUAAUGCCUCUAAACAGUCCUUCAAUGUUAAUAUGAGGAGCAUACCUACUGCUGUUGAUAAAAAAAAAAAUGGAUUAGAAACUUGCUAAAUCUAUAAAAGGUUGUAGAAAUGGCAAUUUAAUCCUGUUUUUGUAAUUUAACAUAUGUUGUAUGUGAAUUAUUUAUUAUAAGUUUAACAUGAUUCCAUUGCUGCUUUCAUCAGUUUUUGUGAAAGUUGGGUGCAAACAGUGAAGUUGUUCCAAAGGAUUUGUUUAACAACUUAUUUUAUUGAAGUUGUGUUAACUUAUAUUAGAGAGCUACAUGGUCAGAGUAUAUGAGUCUUUUAGAUCUAUACGAGCAAAAUAUCACUGGUAAUAUACUCCAAAAACACUGAUGACCAACAUGCAGUAGUGGGGCAGAGAGGCCUGGGAGGAUCAAAAAAAUGUAGUUUUCCAUCUUGCGGUAUUUCUCUGUUGUAUAAGAAUCAACCUGUUUGCCGAAAUGGUGAAUGACAUUUUGAUUUUCCUUCUUGGUAUGUUAAGCUGUAAAAAUGUGAAAGUUCUGUGGCUGUCAGAUUCUCUGAGGAUGUGAACUGUCACAGUGUUAGAUGGAAGCUGUACCAUCAUUAACUUUUGUGGGAAAGCUGCUUGUUUAUUAAGUACUUUGAGACCACUAUUCCAAAAUCUGUAUUCCAUGUUCAAACUUGAUGCAGAGGUGAACACUAUUCUGGUCUCUGUGUUCGAUGUACUUCAGCAGUAUCGAACGGAAUGGACUAUUGAACUGAAGAUUAGUAAGCAGAGAUCCUGUUGCACUGGGGAGCAAGACACUUAGGUUUACAGUUCAUGUGUUGACGAUGUCUUUUCUUCUAUUUUGUCAUCUUUUAACCUUGGAUCCUAGUCUUAAAUGCUUGGUCUUGUAGUUGCAGGUUCUGGUAUGUUCUAUCUCUUAGUCUGUGGUAGCGAAUCGCUUUUCAAAGUCUCCAGUUCAAAAGACAGUAUGGAAACAUGUAGGGUUUGAACAGUGGAGCUUUGAGCAUCUCACACUUACUAUUUCCUUAUUUCUUAAAGCUAUUAUACCAAGAGUGAUCUGGAUUUACAAAAUGUGAACUGAAAGUAAAAUGUUUACUUAGCAAAAUAAUGAAUAAGUUUAGGAGCGGAAAAGAGGCUUUAAAUCUCAAAAACAAAAACUAACUCCCAGUGUGGAGUUGGGCAGACUAUACUGGACCCUGAUGAUACUCUGAAAAAACUUUGCACUUUGGUCAUUUAAGUGCCCACAUGUACAAAGUCUGUGUGUUGCAUAUACACACAAGUGAACACAAACUUACCUGAAGAGUA